AUUUGUGGCUGAAAUUAGAAGGUUUGCUUGUCCUUCAUACCAUUAUUUCAAAAACAGGGCAAUUAAAAUACCCUGGUUGUGUAUGUGGGGUUUUUUUUUAAUGCACAUAUUUGCUACAAUUAACUUUGAGAAGUAUUUAUUUUUACAUGGAAUUUUUAUUAAAAAAUCAGGUUGCAGGACAAGUUUUGCUUAUGACAAUUUCCCCAUUUUAUUGGGCCUUCUAAGUAGUUUUUUCUGCAGCAUCUUAAGGGAAGGAAUUAACUGAGAAAACAAAGUAGGCUUUCUGAAAAGCAGUGUCUCCCUUACAGAGUGACUGUAGAUACCUAUAUCAUAGUGGUCCCUAAUGUUUUGGGAUGUCACAAAGCCAUUCCAGAAUCUGUUUGAAGUCACAGAGCCUCUUCCCAGAAAAACACACAUGCCAUUUUGUACACAUCUUAGGGGCUCACAACACCUUCAAAUCUGAGGCCAAACAAUGGAUCUGCUAAGGGCUAGGGCCUCUUCCUCAGGUGACUCUCUGCUGGAGUCCAGUACCCGAGAAGACCCUACUUGUUGGCGAGGGCACACUUUCUUCCCCGAGACGGUGCUGCGGGUGUCCCUAGCAACCCUUCCAGUGUGCUAUUCCACUGUAUGGCAAGACGAGGAUUUAUUUAUCCACUCUGUUGAGGCCCAUGUGGGUCAUUUCCAGUUUGGAGCUAUAAUGAAUAACGCUGCAAUGAGCAUUCUUGUCGCUGUUGCUAUACGUCAAGACUUCAGGGAGAAAGAAGAAUACAUGUGUUCUCAAGAAGCCCCACCCAGACCAGCCUGUGGCCCUCUAGCAACUGUCCUCCGUGGUCCUCAUUUAUUCAUCCAUCAACUCAGCCUUCAAAUAGUCACAGAGGACCUGCGAUUGCCAGGCAUUCUCCCAUGUGAUCAGAUGGUGGGACGUUUGGAAGACGAUGGUCACAGUGACCGGUGGAAGCCCUGGCUUCCGUGUCUGCAUUCGUGUCUCUCAAGGGCCCUGGCCAUGCAUCUCAUGUGGCAGCACCUCACCCUGGUGCCUCCUCCAUCCAGAGCCCCAGACGGCCCCCACGACUCUGGUAUCGAGCAGCAAUCAAAACUCAUUAAAUGGAAAUGUGCUACAACUGCAAGAAAUAAAUCUCUCAUUAUGAUGGAUUCCUGGGAUUCCAACAACCCCCAAGCAACCAAUAUAUUUAUUCUAAUAAAAUGUUUUAAAAUUGAAUAAAAUGCAAGGGAUCCCAUUUUACAGAAAGGCAAAUAAAGGCAUAGACAUAUGUAAGACACACAGGGAGCUACGGCCAACCUGGGAAUUAAGCGAUGGUUUCUUGUAUCUCUGUGCUUUGGUUACAAGAGCAUUCACCUCUGUUCCAGAGCUUGGCGAAGAAACAGGGGGCUCUGCUUCUCCAGCACAGCAAGGAUCCCACAUCCACUUCCCGGGAAGGCCCAAGCCCAAUCUGCCUCUGGAAGCAGAUAUCCCUGACUUUUACGGUUCCUUGGAAGGAAGCCAGGAGUAAGCCUGUGGCUUAAAUUCCUUGAUGUUCAAGCACAUUCCUUAAUGUUCAUGUGUACAUGGUUGGCUCAAGUAUGAAUGCGCAGAGCUGAGCAAAACAUUCUGGGCCUUUUUCAGAGAAACCUGGCUGGUGACCCUUCCUCCAACCUUAACGUUGUUUUAAAUUAAGGUGAAAUUCACGUAAAAUUAAUCAUUUUAAAGUGAACAAUUCACUGGUAUUUAAUACAUUCAUAGUGUCAUGCAACCAUCACCUCUUUCCGGUUUUAAAACGUUUUCAUCCUCCCCACUGCAGACCCCACACCCCCCAAGCAGCCACUCUGCGUUUGCGCCUCUCCCAGCCCCCAGCAACUAUCGCUCUGCUUUCUGUCUGUGGGUGUACCUGUUCUGGGUGUCUCAUAUUAACUAGAAUCAUAUAGUAUGUGGCCUUUUGUGUCUGGCUUCUUCAUAUUGGUAUGUUUUUGAGGUUCAUCCGCAUUAAAAUAUAAAUCGUUGCUUCGUUCCUUUUCAUAGCUAAUAUCCCAACAUUUAUGUAGACCACAGUUUGUUUGUUUGCCCGUCCAUUGAUGUACAUUUGGACUGUUUCCGUCUUUCGGCUGUUGUGAGUAGUGCUGCUGUGAACUUUGUGUGAGGAUGUGUGUGUGUGUGUGUGUGUGUGUGUGUGUGUGUGUGUGUGUGUAUUUAAGUACAUGUUUUCAAUUUUGGGGGACAUACCUGGGAGUAGAAUUGCUAGGUCACAUGGUAACUCAUGUUUCGCUUUUUGAGGUACCACCAAACUGAUUUCCACAGUGGCCACACCACUUUUUUAUUCCUGCCAGCAACGUAUGAGGGUUCCAGUUUUUCUACAUCUUUACCAACACUUGUUAUUUUCUUUUUUUUUUUAAUAAUAGUCUUCAUAGUGAGUAUGAAGUAUUACCUUGUUAUGGUCUUGAUUUGUAUUUCCCUCACAACUAACAAUGUUGACCAUCUCUUCACGUGCCUGUUGUUUGUAUAUGUUCUUUGGAGAAAUGCCGAAGAACCCUUCAGAUCCUUUACU